GUGUUUCUGGUGUUGAGUGGCUGUACGGGUACUACGACGACGGCGGCGGCGGCUAUGGCUAUAGCUGCGGCUACAGUGCACGGCCGCUCGUUAAUUGAUCACUCAAGUCGGUGCUCCCAGCAUAUAUGUAUGUAUGUAUGUAUGUACAUAUGCAUGGGGAGCGCGCGGCGGCACUGGGCCACAUGAAUGCGCGCGCACGCCAACAAGGCGUUUUUUUCAAUCAGUGAGUAACAGAACUCCGUUCCUGGCGUAUUAUACGUUUCAUUUACAGCGGCGGUAGUGAUUUUCGCUUUUCUACUUCUUGGCCUAUUCUAGACGCAUAUCAACACCACUACUACAUCUGCGUUUCAUCGACGUUAUCGUCAUGGUCGUUGUCUUCGACUUCCCUACAUUUUUCUAGAGCUCUGCUAAAAAGGCCUCUUGAAGUAUUGUUCGCACCAAUUUGUUUGAAGACUCAAAUUGCUUAGCGAAGUGUUGCGUUGAUCACGUACGGGCAUAGUAUUUCGUAUUUACUUAUUUAUUUUACUUAUUUGCAUAUCUACGGUUGCGGCAAUCUCGGAAGUUGUAUGCGUGGGAAGUUGCGUACGCGGCUGUUGCCAAAUAUAGCAACUGACAGCCGACAAAUGCAACAACAACUAAAAUAAACUCAACGCGAUAGCCGUAAACAAGAAAAUAAGCAAAAGUGAAUAUGUACAUAGUUUUCAGUUUUGUUUACACUCGAAUGAAGCACGCGGUUAAUACUCCAAGUGAUCAUGCUUGUCAUGUUGAUCAUUUCCUACUCUCAGCCGUUAAGGACUUGAUCAGAAAGAAAAUUGAUUUCUUAAUCAACUGAAUGUGCAGUGAAUUUAGCACCAAAGCAAUGAAGUUCUAUUGAAAAGUGAAGUGUUUAGAAAGUGAUCGUGAAGUGAUCGAGAGAUCUCCAUUUGGAAUCAGUGAAAGUAUGACAAACAUUAAAAUUAGCGCUUUUUUUCCUGGGUACCCGACCUUAGUCACCACCAGAAAAAGGCUGACCAAAAUCAACGCCACGUAACCAAAAACGAGAACGUGCGCGGCCAACACAAUUAUCAUAGCAGUGCUGGUAGUGCAGAGACAUACAUUUGUAGGCAAAAGACUCGCUUGAACACGGGCCAACAAAGAACUAGUCAAUCAAAGUGUGAUCGCCGAACGAUCGCGUUGAGUAAGCGACACAUAAGUGCAAUAAAUAUAUGUGCAUACAUUUGAAAUAACAUGCCAAAUUAUCGCCAAAAAAAUAAGAAAAAUAAGAAUAAGAAUCGUCAGAAGCAACAACAACAACAAAAUCAGCAAGACAAUAAAAAUAAAAGCCAAAACCAGAAUCAACAGGCAAAUCAGCCAUCAGCCACUCAAAACCGGCAGUCAACCGGCAAUAAAGACAAUCAAAGUCAGGGUCGAGCACGACGUGAGCAAUCAAAUCAACAACAGCCACCGAAAUCACCAAAGUCACCAACACCAACAACCACCGCCACUGCCACUACCCGUCCAACACCGCUUGCCCCGGCUGACGAGCCAGUAAAUUCUUCACAGCAACACCACGCGAGCUCACAAGAUGCGCGAGAAGUGGACUCAACCGCCACCACCGCUAACGCAUCCACUGCCACUAUCUUCGUCCAGAGUGACAAUUUAAGUUCGAACGAGCCCAGUGAUUUUGCAGCACCCACUAGCAGCCACCAAGCGAUCACAGCUGCAGUUGACCGCGAAGAGUGCAACCGAGUGGAAGAUGCAGAUGCAGAUGCACUACUUUCGAUAUUAGAUAAUAAGGAAGCGGCGACAUACAGUGAAGAGACAGCGCACAGCUUUAGGAGCGAGAAAGGUGUGGAAGAGUUUACGAUGGGCAAUAAAGACUCAAAAACAUCCAUCACAAGCAAUGACGCCACAGCGUUGGCGACAACGGAUGAUCGGGCAGUGGCAACAGCAACAGCCGAUUUGUGCGGCGUGAUCAGACCAGAUCGCACCAUAGUCGGUGCCAGAGAGUUGGAGACGUUGCAGCCCGCAACCAAAACGCAAAUGGCAAAGGUUAUUGUGCACAGAAUAGUGCGAGAAUCUAGCGAAAACGGUGAGGGGGAGAAGGAGAAGGAGCGGCAGAAAGAUGAAGACAUUGACAAGGUCGCACAAGUGGCGCGCGCUGGCAAACAAAAACUUGCGCAGGCCACUGAGGAACGACAGAAAACGGCUGUGAAUGAUGGACAAAUUGGGGAACAUGUGCUGCAUGAGCAGUUGCAAAGUGCGGCGGACGAUGUAGAUGGAGCGCAGAAAUCACAGCGAUCGAAAGUGAUUAUACACAAUAUCGAACAGCAAGCGGGUGGAGGAGGAGUCGGGGUGUCGCUUCAGCCAGCGAAAGCUGAGUCCAAAGUGAUCGUUCACCCGAUACAGCAGGAAGUAGGAAACGAAGCGAAGAAAUUACACACCAGUGAAGGAUGUUGCGGCAAACAAAGGCGUUAG